AUGAUCAUCAGCGUAGUUGGUCAGUCUUCCCCGUUAUGUGAUAAAAAAGAUCAGCCCGAUGACAUUCUGGAAACAGCGAGUAGUCAGCUUCGGGCACUUGACAUUCAUAUCGGUGAUCAAGCUGUUCUGAGCAUGCAGAAGGACGCUGAACGCGUGAACUUUGGUGAUCCAUUCGACUUGAAACACAUUGGCGGACGAGUGCUUCAUUUCCAAAUCAAUUUGGUGAGGCGCGCACCAAAUGCGAAGGACAGAAUGCUCAGCUGCAGCUCAAAAUCGAGCGACCAAGCCGGCAGGGCGGCCAGUCAUUGCGCUCUCGCCGUCCGAAGCGACGCAAAGCAAUUUACCACGCCACGAUCCGUACAACGCGUCCAUAAACUUGCUGACCGUAUCAAAUACUAUCCACGGUGA